GUGUCGACAGGACUCUGUACUGAACUCGUGUACCCAUGAUGCUGCGGGUUAGUCGAAACUUUGACAGGCACGGAAGAGGAUACACAAGCAAGCAAAAGCACAAGACAUCCUCUGCCAAGUCGUGUUUAGUUGAGAAUAUGUACGAGUGUCGAUAGCCCUCUGAAAAAACGCGCUGUUCGGUAUGCUGUCAGCGAUCCCUCGCAGUUCACGCGCAUCUUACACGCGCGGCGGAGUUCAGUGAGUGACAGGUUGUCCGAUAUGGAUCAUAAGCAUGUAUUCGCAGGAUUGCAGACGAUUUGUUUGGAUGUUAUUUCGACUUUGAAUGGAUCCUCCAGUAAUUCCUCAAAUGCUGACGCCGCUGAGCGUCUGUUGGGGGUCAUGAAGCAGAUUCAGGAACACGGUCGCGCUGUUGAACCUUUGAUCACUGGAUUUAUGACCGUCUAUCAUCAUUUCGAUUUGGAUGAACAGACCCCAGGGAACGGAUACCGGACACUAGUAAAGGUGGUUCAUUCCUGUAUCAUCCACAUUACCCAUAAGGCCCGUUACAUUGCAUCAAACUGCACUGGAGCGUUUUUCCGUAUGGACCAUAAUGUGGCAGAAAUGGAAGCGUACUGUAGUGCCCUGUGCCAGCUGCGGGCAUUACUUUACCUGGCACAGGUAUUACUGAAUGACAAUCCCAACGGUCAGCUCUAUUCACAAGAGGAAGGAGGUUUAAGCGAGAGAUUUGUGCAAGAGUACAUCUCCAUGCACAAAGCCUGUUUCUAUGGCCGCUGCUUGGGCUUCCAGUUCUCUCCCUCUCUCAGGCCUUUUUUACAGACUGUGGUCAUCAGUAUGGUGUCUUUUGGAGAAAACUACAAGAAACAGCAGACUGGUUUAGGCAUCGCUGCUCUUUCUUUUUUUACAUCGGGCAAAUAUGUGGUGGACCCUGAACUGAGGGGGGCGGAGUUUGAGCGCAUCACUCAAAAUCUCGAUAUGCAGUUUUGGAAAACCUUUUGGAAUAUUACAGAGACUGAACUUUUAUCAGGCUUGACAAGGAUUACCUCUAGUGUGGUGCAGGUGAAUGUAACACUAACUGUUCCAGCUGAGAGUCUGAGUUUGCCUCUGGCCUCUGACCCCAGUCUCUCAGUGGCUGUGAAGCCUCCGGUUGCACACUGGGGCCCUGGACCAGUCAAUGUGCGCUUGAUCUCGCACGUUCUCCGGCAAGGACAGGACAGUGCCGAACUGUUGUCACUUUCUCGUCCCGAGGGUCCUCAACUCUCCCUGUCAGGGGGUUUCAAUCGUCAGACAGCUCCUCUUUCUCCAUGCUUGCUCAUACACUUCCAUGGAGGAGGAUUUGUUGCACAAACUUCAAAAUCACAUGAGAAUUAUUUAAAGAGCUGGUCUAAAGAUCUGAAUGUGCCCAUCCUGUCGGUGGAUUACUCUUUGGCUCCAGAGGCCCCGUUCCCCCGCGCUCUAGAAGAGUGUUUCUACGCCUACUGCUGGGCCUUGAAGAACUGCCACCUGCUGGGUUCGACAGCAGAGCAUGUUUGUUUGGUGGGAGACAGUGCAGGCGGUAACCUGUGUAUAACAGUAUCUAUGAGGGCCAUGUCUCAUGGUGUACGUGUUCCUGAUGGGAUUGUGGCAGCGUAUCCAGCGACUUUACUAACAACAGACGCCUCACCAUCUAGACUGCUCACUUUAAUCGACCCUCUGCUGCCUUUAAGUGUGCUCUACAAGUGUAUCGACGCCUAUGCUGGUUUGAGCUGUCGGUCAGUACAGCCAGCUCAGCAGUUGGACACCCUGGCAGCUCUGGGACAGGACACCGUAAAGAUGCUGAGUAAAUUUGCCCAAGGAGCAACAAACUGGAUUCAAACUUUGCUAGACCCAAAAGCACCACCGUCAUCCUCAUCAACAGCCUCUGCAACCACUUCAUCAAACGGUCCUUCAUCUUUUAAACCACAUUCCGAGGAAGCACCGCAAGAAGUCAAAGAAUACCCAGAAAACUUUGAGCCACUGCGGUCUAGUUGUCUGGUGGAUAUAAAGACGCCUUGCACACCGAUUAUGAAGAACCCAUUUGUUUCUCCACUUCUUGCUCCAGACAGUCUUCUCAAGGGGCUUCCUCCAGUGCAUAUAGUGGCUUCCGCAUUGGAUGCCCUGUUAGAUGAUUCAGUGAUGUUUGCCAAAAAGCUGAGGAAUAUGAACCAGCCAGUGACGCUCACUGUAGUGGAGGAUCUUCCUCAUGGAUUCCUGAGCCUAUUACAGCUCUCCAAAGAAACCCAGGAAGCAGCUGAUAUUUGUGUGAAACGAAUCAGAGAAGUCUUGAAGCUGGAGGAACCAACAGAUGAUCAGAAGCAGUCAAGCGUUGUUUAGACAGUUUUAUGCUUGGGAAAGUCAAGCAAAGUCCAAGGAAUAGUGGACUUAAAGAAGUCGAAAUAACUUCGACAGGUUCAAAAGCAGAUAAUUAUUUAAAAUAAUGACAGGGAUCCUGGAAGCACUUUAUAGUUUUUAGUGUGACUGGCACAGAGACUUGGAAAGCAAUACAUCUGUAGAACUUCUGUCAGGUUUACAUUUCUUUCAAGGCACAAGUAUUUAGAUCAUCUCGCAAACAAAAAAAAGAAAAGAAAAACAUUUAAAUAAGUUAAGAUAUGGGAAUUUGCAAUCCAUCUACGUUGGUACUUUAUGCAGUAAAAAAGUGUCUUAUUAAUUUAGUGAUGUAAAAAUAGACCCAAUUCAGCAUACACUUCAUACUAAUACUGGCAAUGCAUAUGAGACGAAUUUGGAAAUACUAUCAUUCAUCCAAAAAUGAAACUCUGUCAUCAUUUACACAGCCUGCACUUGUCCCAAACCCGUUUCAGUUCUUUCUUCAUUUGGACACAAAAGAUAGUAUUUUUAAGAGGCCAUUCACACAGAAUGAGAUAUCCAAUUAUUAUUUUUAUUAUUAUUUACUAUUUUAUUAUUAUUUACCAUUGUUUAACACGUGCUUGGCGGACAUAAAUGACAGUUAAAGGUGCAGUAGGUGAUCUGCCUAAAUGCUAACCGAUUAGCAUAAUAUGUUCAAAGCACAAUCCCUCCCGUCGACCAAAGCCACGACUCCUUAUAAUCAUGAACGUGCAUCCGAAAGAUGACAGAGGCCCACUAGAUCAUGUUAUUGGCCAGUUAGAAAACUUUAUAGUACUUUAUAAUACUAUAAUUUUGAACAAAACACUGUAUUAUAUCUAGCAGGUUUUCAGUUGUGUAGCAAACAAAACUUGUCAUGAAGUGCAAUAUUUCAUUCAUGUAAGAAUCGCUGAUCUCUCUCUCAUGCGCUUUGUCCUAAAGUGACUACUGUAUGCUUAGUGGUUGGCCGGAGGCAUGCAGGAAUUACACUUAUUACUAGGCCAUACUUACAUGUGUUUUCUGACUGAAUAUUUAGAGUAGCAUGGUAAACAAUUUAGGGAGCCCCUCACAAGUUGUCAUUGUUCAAAAAUGACAUGACAAAUGUGAGUAUAAAAGCAAUUUCACUUCAGUAAAGCAGGCUAGGUGGAAUAUCGAAAUAUAAAGUAAAUAAAAAUCUACAUUAUCAAUGCUGUUAAAAGACCUUAUGAAACUGAAAAUAGUCACAUCUUUCACUGGAAGAUGUCAGUGAAUGCAACACUUCUGUGCAUAUAACACAUUUGUAAAACAACACAAUCUACAUCAGCUUUGUGUGACUAAAAUAGUUUUAAAACCUAUCAUUACCUGUCUAAAAGAAAUACUUCAGCCAUGGUGUCUGUGUGAACAGAGGUGUGCAGUUGUACAAAUCUACAUUUGCUGACAGACAGUCUGGGCUACUUAUCAGAAUUAUGGGAUUACGGGAGGAGUUUUUAAUUGGAUGAACAUUUUUUAUGCCUCAGGGUUAUGCCUCACUCAGAAAAUAAAAAUAUAUAAAAAUACAUUUAGAUUAUUUACUUUAUUCAUUACUAUUAUAAUGUAAAGAGACUUUCAACCAACGCAACACAAAAUGUUUCUGAAGACAGUCACCUACUGCACCUUUAACUAUGGUAAGUUUGAAAGUUCCCAAGCCUUUUAAAGCCACUAGACUAAAAAAGGCCGGAUAAAACCUGAUGAUGGGACUCAAAUUUACAGGUCAGGGUUCACCAAGCAUAGAACUCUGGAUAUUUUUCGUACAAGCUUGCGUUUCCGGUCUGGUGCAUUAAUCUGCAUAUGAAUGGAAGUCAGUGGGGCCUGAAAAGCAGAGUCUGACCACACCUUAACCAUGCAAAAACAUGUUCUUGUGUUUACUUUCUGGCUUUCCAUAAAUGAGCACCACGUUUUUAAGAUACCUUGUCAAGUUAAAAACAUUUUCAGCAGAGUAGAUCACAAUUGGUGGUUUUAAAACGUCACUUGAAGUUUAACCCAUAGAAGCCGGGUCUCAGGCCUCAUUUGCUUUGGAUGGACUAGAUGUCAGUGUGGGCCAGUUGUAACUUUCAUAAAUGAAUAUGUCUGCUUGUAUAUAACUGACAUCAUUAUUGAAAUAUACACUGAAUUGGGUCUUUUGAGUACAUACUACAUAAAAAUGAAUGCCUUUCUUAGUAGGUGUUCCUAUAUGGAUGUAUUGUUGAUCUCCCAAUACCAAAGUCUGAACCCCUGAGACUACAGUAUGUCCAGUUUUACAUCAGAGUCAAUAGUUUUUAAGAGAUUCAUAAUGACCACUGUUCUGUUCUGACCAAACUGAAUGUCUAAACAUCCACCGUUGUGCCUGUAGUGAUGCAAUAUUGUCUGUUCAAGCUGCUUUUGCACUGGUAAAUAACUCCUUUUUAAAGCAACUUGCACUGUGAACUUUGUGUCAUAAUUUCUGAUUUCUUGUUUGAGUCGAAAUGAAAAAGAGUCAACUGUUUAAACGUAGGGGAGCAAACAGAAAGUUACUUUCUGUUGUUUAAUUUAAAAAAUGCAGCAUUUUUUCCAAUGAUAAUAGUACAUUUGAUAUUACUCUUUGCACUAAUAUUGGUCAGUAAAGCAGCACAGAUAUUCAUGCUUUAUAUAUAAUGAUAAAAAUACCUAAAUUGGCCCACAUAAGAGGCCAUUUUAGUCCAGUGCAACUUGUGACCUAAAAUAAAUUUACAUUGAAAGUUAAAAGGUAAAAUAUAGCAUCAUUUUAAAAUGUUCAAUUAAUUUUACAAGGAUAAAUGUGUGUGUGUGUGUGUGAUAUAUGAAGAUGCAGUUCUGAGCUUUACACUGUUGUGUCUUUUCAUACCCUUGUCUAAACUUGAGCCUUUAUAUUAAUAAGUUACCUCAUCUUCUUUUUUUUCAGGAAGAACUGGUCAGACGCACAAGUACAUUUAGCUUUAAGUAGUUACCAGUUUGUGUCAUAAUGCAGUAAACUAAAAAGCUGAAACAAGAUUUGAACCUAAUUUGAUUCAGAACAUGCUGAUCUUUAUUUUUAUCUCAUAACACCAAAGAUGUUUGUUCUAAACUAUAUUUUUGAAGAGAUUUGGAUGAACUGAAUGUCAAAUGCGAUAAUAAAUACUCCGCUGUUUUCAUGAAUGGA